GGAGAGGGGAGGGAAAAAAGAAAGGAAAGGAAGGGAAGGGGGGACCAUGAACUACCAGCAGCAGCUGGCCAACUCGGCAGCCAUCCGCGCCGAGAUCCAGCGCUUCGAGUCGGUGCACCCCAACAUCUACUCCAUCUACGAGCUGCUGGAGCGCGUCGAGGAGCCCGUGCUGCAGAACCAGAUCCGCGAGCACGUCAUCGCCAUCGAGGAUGCCUUUGUAAAUAGCCAGGAAUGGACACUAAGCCGAUCUGUACCAGAGCUGAAAGUGGGGAUCGUAGGAAACCUAGCUAGUGGCAAGUCUGCUCUUGUACACCGCUAUCUGACUGGCACGUAUGUCCAGGAGGAAUCACCUGAAGGUGGGAGAUUCAAGAAAGAGAUAGUAGUUGAUGGACAGAGCUAUCUGCUGCUGAUUAGAGAUGAAGGUGGCCCUCCAGAGGCACAGUUUGCCAUGUGGGUGGAUGCUGUUAUAUUUGUCUUCAGCUUGGAAGAUGAAGUUAGCUUCCAGACUGUUUACCACUACUACAGCCGUAUGGCUAACUAUCGUAACACUAGUGAAAUUCCAAUGGUACUGGUGGGAACACAGGAUGCUAUAAGUUCCAGUAACCCACGUGUCAUAGAUGAUGCCAGAGCAAGGAAGUUAUCAAACGACCUCAAGAGAUGCACUUACUACGAAACCUGUGCUACCUAUGGACUCAACGUGGAGAGAGUCUUUCAAGAUGUUGCUCAGAAGAUCGUUGCAACGAGGAAGAAACAGCAGCUCUCAAUUGGACCCUGCAAAUCCCUACCAAACUCUCCAAGUCACUCAUCUGUGUGUUCUGCCCAGGUUUCUGCUGUACAUAUCAGCCAGACCAGUAAUGGAGGAGGGAGUUUAAGUGAUUAUUCCUCCUCUGUCCCAUCAACUCCAAGCACCAGCCAGAAGGAGCUACGGAUUGAUGUUCCUCCCACUGCCAACACACCAACUCCUGUCCGUAAACAGUCCAAGCGCCGAUCCAACCUCUUCACGUCUCGAAAAGGGAGCGACCCAGACAAAGAGAAGAAGGUCCUGGAGAGCAGAACGGACAGCAUCGGGAGCGGCCGUGCGAUCCCAAUUAAGCAGGGUAUGCUGCUAAAGCGAAGUGGCAAGUCACUGAAUAAAGAGUGGAAGAAGAAAUACGUGACGUUGUGCGACAACGGUGUGCUGACCUAUCAUCCUAGUUUACAUGACUACAUGCAGAAUGUUCACGGGAAAGAAAUUGACUUGCUGAGAACCACUGUGAAAGUUCCUGGAAAGAGGCCGCCUCGAGCUACAUCAGCUUGUGCCCCCAUCUCCAGUCCCAAAACAAAUGGCCUUUCCAAGGACAUGAGCAGUUUACACAUCUCACCGAAUUCAGGGAACGUGACUACUAGCACAUCUGUGUCUCAGAUGGCAAGUGGGAUCAGUCUAGUCUCCUUCAACAGCCGUCCGGACGGUAUGCAUCAGCGCUCUUACUCGGUCUCCAGUGCAGAUCAGUGGAGUGAGGCAACAGUCAUUGCAAACUCUGGCAUUAGCAGUGAUACCGGGUUAGGAGAUUCAGUGUGCUCAAGCCCAAGUAUAUCCAGUACAACCAGCCCCAAACUCGAUCCGCCUCCUUCGCCUCAUGCCAACAGAAAGAAACAUCGCAGGAAGAAAAGCACCAGCAAUUUCAAAGCCGACGGUAUCUCAGGCACAGCUGAAGCCAAACGCAAAGCUUGGAAACUAAACCGUGUUGGUAGCCUGCGAAAUAUAUACAGCAGCAGCAGCACCAACACUGAAGAACAAGAAGAAAAUUUUGAGUUUAUCAUUGUCUCUCUCACUGGCCAGACUUGGCACUUUGAAGCUACCACAUACGAAGAAAGAGAUGCCUGGGUACAAGCCAUAGAGAGUCAGAUCUUGGCCAGUUUACAGUCCUGUGAGAGCAGCAAGAACAAGUCGCGUCUGACAAGUCAGAAUGAGGCCAUGGCCCUUCAGUCGAUAAGGAACAUCAGAGGCAAUUCCCACUGCGUGGACUGUGAAGCACAGAACCCUGACUGGGCCAGCUUGAAUCUGGGAGCCCUGAUAUGUAUCGAAUGCUCAGGUAUACACCGAAACCUUGGCACACACCUCUCCCGCGUCCGCUCUCUUGACUUGGAUGACUGGCCUAUAGAGCUCAUCAAGGUGAUGUCUUCAAUUGGGAAUGAGCUGGCAAACAGCGUUUGGGAGGAGAGCAGCCAAGGCCAUAUGAAACCUUCAUCAGAUUCCACAAGGGAGGAAAAAGAGCGCUGGAUACGUGCAAAAUACGAGCAGAAGCUCUUCCUUGCCCCGCUGCAGUGCCUGGAACUUUCUCUUGGCCAACACCUCCUGAGGGCUACAGCCGAAGAAGAUCUGCGCACGGUCAUCUUGCUCCUGGCCCACGGCACACGGGAGGAGGUGAAUGAGACCUGCGGAGACGGCGAUGGGCGCACGGCCCUGCAUCUGGCCUGCAGGAAGGGAAACGUGGUGUUGGUGCAGCUUCUGAUCUGGUACGGCGUUGACGUGAUGGCACGCGAUGCCCAUGGGAACACCGCAUUGGCCUACGCCAGGCAGGCUUCGAGCCAGGAGUGCAUUGAUGUUCUCCUCCAGUACGGCUGCCCCGACGAGCGCUUCGUCCUCAUGGCCACUCCAAAUCUGUCCAGGAAGAACAACAACAGGAACAACAGCAGUGGAAGGAUGCCCACCAUCAUCUGAGGAGCUCACUCGUGUAUUCGCUGACCUGAAUUACAUCCGCGGCCUCAUAUUCCUCCAUUCCCAUCACGGCUCUGCUCUGUGAGUCCAAUAACUUCCCUUUUCCCUUUACCCUUCGGUGCAUCCCUGUCCCAUCCAGAAACAGCACAUCUGGAUAGCACGAGGGGAUGAGAAGGAGCAAAAGGGGCUGCAGAGAAAGCAGUUGUUUCAGUGACAGCUCUCGAACGAUGGAAACAGGACAGCAGAAGCGUGCGAGAGCGCGUGGGUUCUGUAGGACACGGCGCGUGGCACGGGACCAUGGGGACAGUUGUCCCUGGGCACAGGCUCUACAAGUGCAGAAGGCAGGGGUGGAGGGAGGUGAGAGCGGGAGCGAGAGGAGAAGAAAGAAGAAAUGGUAACUUUCCAUAACUGACAGUUAAGCACAUCAGUACAUUUCACCUCUACCAAACGGAACGGUUGGAUUUCAUUCUCUUCUCUGAAGAGCUUGACGGCAUAAAUCAGAAGCAAGCACAGAGUUUGUCAGGUUUGAAGCUCCUAUGAUGGUAUGUGUCAAAUCAGUUGUAGCUAAUCUGUCCAGGGAGAAUACUGGCUUCAUUACACUUGUAUAGUUGAGUUCUUCCAGCAUUACCGCUGUUUAAUAGAACAUGAUUAGUCAUCACGGAGAAAAAAGCAUAUUAGCUGAGGAGGUAGUUACAUGGCACGCUUCGGUGAUUGCUUGGAUGUGAUUGCAAUAUUCUUAGAAGCAUCAUAUUAUCUCAGACAUGUUCUUUCGAGCCCUUGGAGCCCUCCUUUCUAAAUUCACUGUCAUAAUUUAGUAUCUGUUUAAUUUUUCAGUCCAAAGAGAGGAAAUGAGUUGCUGAGUGUUAUUUGACUGCAGUCUCCUUGGUGUAAAAACAAAAUGGAAAAAAUAAAUAAGAGUAACUAUGAAACACAAAAAGGAAUAAUGAAUACUGCUAAGGAAAAGCAUUUCAAGUACAUUUAGUAAAAUUAAUAAAUGCAUUAAAGGCUAAUAUUUUUCCAGCCAGCAGAAAUACGUUCUGUCAUUUUGCCAAGGUAAACGUGUUGAGUUUUUGGUCACUCCUGUGAUGCAUUGCCUAACUUAUACAGAUUUUGUAUUGUGUCUUUAGAUUAUAUGUAUGUAAAAUCUAUUUGAAUAAAAAAUCAUAAAUAUGCAUUGAUUUUUUUUGUACAGAAAAUGACACCUCUGUUAAUUUAUAAACUGUAGUGGAUGUGAACUAAAUAAUGUGCAACUAGUUAGGAUCUGUGGAUUCCAGAUCACUGUAUGUUGAAAAUAUCCCCAGCAGUGAACUCUAUUUCCAUUGCAAGCCCUUGAGGAACAUAUCAGAAUGAGAUUAUGGCACGCUUGGCAUGAAAAAAGUAUAUAUAUAUAUAUGUAUGUAUGUAUAUAUAUAUGUGUGUGUGUAUGUGACCGUUUAGAAAGGAAAAGAGGCUGUUUCUCAGCACUGUAAAUAUAUUUUACUUCAGAAGUCACGACGCUUUCACAAGCCAAGACGAAAAGCCAUAGUCUGGAUGUGUGCAGAUCAGACAGGAUUAGUUUCAGGAUUGAUAGCCUUCACCGAGGCGGGCAGGGCAUGACUGCCCUAACUCUGAACCUGGCUGCUUUCUGGGAGAAAAAGGGCUUGUUGUAGCCUGGGCAGUUCAUUUGAGUUCCAAGUUUUAAUACUUGACUUGAUUUUUAUUGUUUUAUUAUUAUUAUUGUUUGUAUUACCAGACAGAUCCUGGCUUGUGCCAUUUGCUUCAAAACCAGGUUUCUGGCACAGGGAAGCAGGCUGUACGUUUUUUUGGCGGACUGAAAAGUAAUUUUUAAGUGGCAUAUGGCAAUGUGGAGAUGGGGGAAGGGUAUAUCACAGAGAAAGUUGAAAACUCAACUGAAUUAGAUGGCAAAGGAGCAAUUAUGUGAAGUCAGUGAGGUGCACACAGCAUAGUAAUUUGGAAAUCUACCUGCUCCUUAUGUAUUUCCCAAGCCUUCAGUGUUGUUCUUCCUUGGGGCUCUGUAUUUCAUUUAAUAUACGAAUGGGAGGACGAUAGCAAUUGCUAAACAAAAUAUAGGUCGACACAAAAUGAGAAGGAAAAAAAUUAUUCUGGGUAUCUUAAGGAAGAAAGAAAGAGAAAAUUACAGGUUGGGUAUAAAAUCAUAAAGUCACAGAGGAAAAGCAAGCCCAGAGGUGAAAGCUUGAGAAUACUGACUGGCUUUCCCUGUUCUGUGCUGUUGUCAUUCCGUACUUUGAUACUGUACUGACCUCUGACCAUCGGGGGGUCUUUCUCCAUCCAGCCUAGACUGGCUGCAUCAGAUUAAUGCUACAUCUGAUUCUGUUCAUGCUAGGAUUUUAUUUUAUUUUUUUAACUUUUGAGGGAUAAUUGCUAUUUCUCCAUCAUUCCCAUGCAGCUCUGAUAGUGAUGGGUGGUCCCUCGGUGAUAGGACGGCCCAUUGAAGGUUCAGCUGAGCAGGAUGCUGCAAGCCCCCAUGUCUUGGUGCUCACAAGCUUUCCACCCGUUCCAGGGGGCACGGUGUGAAUUGGGGAAGUGCAGCACAUGUUCCCAGAGGUGCAGGCUGCCUGCUGUUCCCCUGGGAACACCCAGCAUGUUUCUCUUGGAAAAUCAAGUCCAAUGUUUCAAAUACGUUGUAGGCAAAUUUGCCGCGGUUAAGUUCUCAAUGCUUCUUCCAUUUCAGAGCUUAUUUUUUUCCUAAUUGAAAAUAUUUUCUGUACAUAGGUGAAGUGUUCUCUUCAGGCCACCUUUAUGAGUGUAAGAUGUGAGAAACAAGGACAGCAGCCAAGCUGUCAUGCAGGCUUCAGGUAGAAGAAUUGUACGCUCCUUUCAUUAGAAGAAUUCUGCAGGUGAACCUUGGAAAACAGAAUUUUUUUAGGAGAGGAACUUCCACUGUAUUAUAGGAAAAAUGAUGUAUCAAGCCUAGCCAACUAAUAACCUCAUACUUUAACUAAGCCGUGACACAGUUGCUUUUAACCUAAACAUAGCUUUCUCUUGGAUGUAUCAGCAUUGGCAGUGAUGAUGUCAAAGCAGUGCUCUCAUAGGCUGUGCUUGGCUUCCCCAGGGAAGAACUCCAUCAGCCGAGCCCCGCUGUCCUUGGCUUCUUGCCAUGAGGUUUCGGGACUCCGUGCUCUUUCCAGGCGGAUGCGUUUGUGCUUUGCAGAGGGUGUUCUUGAAGCCAUCCAGGUGCAGAGACAGGCAGUACAUACAGAGGCUUUGAGAACCUGCAGGAGUUGUUCUGUCUUCUAACCUGUUCAUUUUCAGGUCUUCGUUUUGCCUUCAAGCCCCCCUCUUGUUGCUUUUACGGAACCCACUUGUCAGACUGCUUACGCCCUUUCGAGCACAUGAUGGGCGAAUUAAAAACAAAUUGAAAUCCAGUCAAUAAGAAAUCCCAGCAGAAAUGCAUUGACUAAAUCUGUUAGCGUUAUCUGAGGGAAUUGAGAUUGUGGCCGUGUUUCUCACCGAGCGCCCCACUGAACCCUUUUUGUGAUCCCAGAUCCUUUUAAAUCCCACUUCCUCUGCACUUUAUCCACCGUGACUAAAACACUAGAUGGAAGUGUUUGCUAUUAACGUCAGCACUUUUCUUCUAUUUACAUCGGGCUAAUUGCUGUUGAAGAGCAGAGGUGAGCCGAACGCGUUGAAUCUGGCAACUGAACCUUCACCUGCCGGGAGUUCAGUAGGGUUUACUUAUUCCUCUCCAUUUUCUUGGGAAGAUACAGUCUUGCCCAUUCAGAGAUUUGGCCGAGGGCUCCCAUUGCCAGAUUUCUGGUUUCAUUGCUAAAAGGGAGCAGAAGGAAAGCUAUUUCUGGAGAAUCUUGGUAUACCCCAAGCUGAGAAGACCAAAAGAGCUAGUUGAAAGGAAGAGAGGGUUUGUAAGCAUUUCUACUUGGCUGUAGUGUAUAAUAACCGUGUAAACAUGAAUAUUGUUUACUCUGCUGUCUUUCCCCAUUUCCUUAAAUUAUGUGUGUUAGUGCACGGAGCUUUAGCUGCACUUGGAGAUUUCCCCUGGCAAGAAGAAGCUGUGUAAUGUAAAGAAGGGAAUAGAGGUGUGAGUGCAGAUGCAUUCUUAGCAAUGAUCUCCAGCACUGUAAUGUAGUAUAAUUAGAUGAUACGGUUUUCAGAUAGCUUCAUCUUUUAUAUUUGUAUGGAGAUCGGGAAAAAUGAAGUAAUUUGUAGUUUCUAGUGUAAAGUAGUAAUAGUGGAGACAAGCACAGAUUUCACAGAGGGUUCCUUAGGGCCCUUCACAAAUGUCUCGGGGAGCCGUGUUUGCACCUUAACAGGGAACGGGUGUUGGUUGUACUUGGAGUUACCCAAGGGGAAGAAGGAGAGUGCUGGGGACCAAACGUGGGGCACUUGGUCUGGAUGCAUGAGGACUUGCCCAUUCCCAUUUCAUCGUCAGGACUGUUUGUUUCCCCCUGCUACAGCUGUUAGCACAUGGGAGAUCUCUGUCUGUUAGUCGUGGAUCCUCUGUUGAACAUCUUCCAUUUCAGCCGAUUCGUAGGUAAAAUUUCUUGUAGGACUUUUUUGGCUAUUCUUGUGUUUGCUGCAUUGCAAACUCAAUACCGCAGAUUAAAAGGUUCUGCAAAGAAUUUUGACUUCUAAGUUACCAAAACCAACAGUGGUUUUAAUGAUUUUAUUAGAAGGACAUCUCCUGUUUGAAUAAGUAUGGAAUAGAGCAAACUAUCCAAAGCUGUAGGUAGGUAAAUCUGUUCUAGUUUUUGUUUGCUUUUUUUAUCUUGGGCCAGUUUUUAAAGUGAAUAUUUGGUGAUUUCAUCUCAUAAUGGUUCCCUUGAGUUGGCUGAAUAAGUCUCACAUUUUAAACGGGGUAGGAGAGUUUUGGCUGAGAUUUUCAGAGCUGUCAGUAGGUCUCAUUUUGAGGGAAGGGUUGCAUGAUCUCUGAAAACGAGAUGGCUUUUCUUCAGUGCCACCCUCAGCCCCAAACCACUACUCAUGCUUUUGGUGAUUUUGGUCCCUGCGUUUCAUUUCAGGCUGAAUAAACUCCCACGGUUUGCUCUUGUUCCCUGAGUGCUUGGGGGACGUUUCUUAGGGGCAGAGGGAGGAAAAAUCUUUUCAUCUUCAUGCAUUUCUCCUCUCUCCAAUCCCUGUAGCAUAUUCAGGCAGUAGCGGUCGGUCCUGCUGAUGUGCAAUGCUUCAGCUUUCUCUUGGCCAUGAACUUCGGGGCGUGUAUUUGCUUCCAGUCCUAAGAGUUGCCUAUUUUGCGAUGCUUUGGAGCUAGUAAUGUUUACCUGUGUGUUAUGUACAAAGCGUGAAGGGGGGUGGGGGGCUUAUCAAGGUCUAAUGGCAUGCCUUUGGGAUGACCGUGUUGCUUGCUGGCAGUUGAAUGCACCAUCCGCUCUUUUGUGUGUGCCACGUUCUACAGAACUGAUCAGUGUGUUUUGCUUCUGAGAACUCAUCCUUCUGUCCUUCCCACCUCCCUCUGCCUGUUGUUAGGGUAGCUAAAUAGUGUGAGGGCAACUGAGUGGGAAGCUCAGAGCAGCCCCAGUGCCUCGUAAGAAGCUGGAAGCGCUUCCCUGGUCUCUGAUUGCCAGUUGAAGGGAGUGAUGCUGGGCUGAAGGCAAGUCCCCAAGCCCAGGCAGUACUGAGGAAGGCUCUGGGUGCAGUUUGUCAAGUAGUUCCCACAUCUAGAAGCUCAGUGACUGAGCUGAGUUGGUCAUCAAGUGCAGUGAAGUCCUAAGGUAAAGCAGCGUAUUGCAUGGAUGUCACUAACCAGAUUAACUAAAAGUGCUUUGCAUUCGUGUAUGUGUGUUUCUGUAUACACAUAUGUGCUCAACAUACCUCUAUCAGCCAUCCUCUAAGUGUCCACGCACACAUUUACACAUCAGUCACAGCCCGAAGCUGGAGCCAGGUUUUCAGUUUGAUGUUUAUAAACAGGCACAUUUCCCAGUUUGGCUCAGGCCAGCCAUUUUCAGGAGUGCAGGAGGGCUGCACAGUGCCACACAGGGCAGAGAGAUGCAGGAGCUGGCUCUGGAAAGCUUGGAGUUCACAAAGAUACCUGGCUCAGAGCAAAAAUUGAGCUCAUUCAGAUGGCAACAACUCGAAUUCUGAAACUGGGACUGAACUGGCCACUUUGCCUGCGAUGGGAACUGCAGCCCAGCAGCCUGUAGGCACAGGGGGAGGAGACAUGGAUGGGGAUAAGGACAGAAGACUUGCUUCCCAGAGGCCCUAUCUUUUUUAAAAAUUUGCUCAAAUUUGUGGCUGAAUUUAAGCAUGGGCCCAGGGGCUGCCCUCCUGCACCCGAUCCAAUGGUGUUGUGGGUCCUUCCUGCACCUACAGCAUUAUGGGGGAGGGAGACGUGGUGAGAUGUUGGUGAGGAGCAGGGCACCUCCUCAUCCUUACCCAGGUGUCUGUGGCCAUUGAACUCUAACAUGGUGCUUUGAGGGAGCCAUAACCAUCAGCUGACGUGUGCUAAGGCCUCGUGUACCGACAGCGCAGGGAGGCCUUUGUUCUCACAGCAUCUCUACUCUUGCUUUCAGUUAUGCUCAUACUGGUGGGCAGCUUGGGCUGGGGUUCAGCACAUCCUUACGGGCAUUAUCAAAUCCAGGGCUGACUGGGAGAGGCUCGGAUGCGCAAAGGUCAUGGUUGGGUGUCAGCCCCACCAGCACCUCCGUGUCAGCCAUCACCACCAGGACGUGUGUCCCAUUUCUCCCUGUGUCCCCUUACACCCAUGACUGAUGCAAAAGGCCGGACUUGGUGUUCAGGGGUGCUCAGCCCCGUGUCGUUGCGUUCUUUUUGCUUUGUGAUGCUUGUGUUUCUGGUUAGGACAGGGAGGAAGAGCACCCAGGUGAGUAGGGUCACCUGAGAACUGUGUUUGGGGUAGAGGCAGAGAUACCUAGCACAUGGCAGGCUUUAGAGCAAGGUUUGUUUGGGUUGGGUUUUGGUUUUUUUUUUUUUCUGUUUCUGUAAAUAGUAAUGUAUAAAUGAUGACGAGACAGUGUGGAAAUUAUUAAAAAAUACGUCUUUUGUUGUUGUUUUUAUAUUACCUCAUUCAGCAAGUUUGUUUUACAAUGACUCGAUGCUUUAUUUAUAUUGUUUGUACUGUAAUUAAAACGAUUGAUAAACAUUUCACUUUGCUUGUUGUUUCAUAUGAUUUUGUUUUGAUUACGUAUGCCAGUUUGUAUUAUGUUUCCCUUUCCUCUCUCUUCGCAUUGAGAUUUUUGUGUCAGCUGUACAGUAUUCCGAAUUAAACAAAAAAAAACAAAUUAAAAAAGGAAAAAAACAAGUUGUAAAGUACCACAGAGGGAGACUGCUAUACUGUAUAGUCUCUUUCUAAUAAAGACAAGAAAACUUGUUCGUCA